AGUAAUUUUGUAUUAAAACAAGGGGUGUAUAUUCACAACCCAUUCCAUCCACUGCUUCCCGUAUAUCUCGUUACUCGUCUAAGCGCAUUGUGAUCAGCUCUCACUCCGCCGUCCCUAACCAAACAGUGUCAAUUUUGCUUCCUUCAUUCGAAACAGAUCUUUGCUGGUGGGAUGGCGACAUCAACAGCUGGGAGCACAGUAUUGCUCAGAGGACGGGUAAAGGCUGUUCCCUCAGGGGACAGCUUGGUGAUAAUGGCUAUGACCGGAAAAACACCUGGACCUCCACCUGAGAAGACAGUCACUUUGUCAUCUCUAAUUGCUCCAAGACUGGCCCGUAGAGGGGGUGUUGACGAACCAUUUGCUUGGGACAGCAGAGAGUAUUUGAGGAAGCUUUGCAUUGGAAAGGAGGUCACUUUCAAAGUGGAAUAUACUGUUCCAUCCAUAAACCGGGAAUUUGGAUCUGUUUAUCUUGGUGAAAAAAAUGUUGCAGUGCUGGUUGUUUCGGAAGGCUGGGCAAAGGUCAGGGAGCAAGGUCAACAGAAGGGUGAAGCAAGUCCUGUCCUUGCAGAUCUGCUACGCCUUGAAGAGCAAGCUAAGCAGCAGGGUCUUGGUCGUUGGAGCAAGGAUCCAGGUGCUGCUGAGGCAGCCAUCAGGAAUCUACCUCCUUCUGCCAUUGGAGAUCCUAGUAACUUGGAUGCCAUGGGCUUACUAGCGGCAAACAAGGGGACACCCAUGCAAGGUAUUGUUGAGCAGGUUCGUGAUGGCAGUACCAUCAGGGUCUAUUUGCUUCCGGACUUUCAGUUUGUCCAAGUGUUUGUUGCGGGGAUCCAGGCACCAUCAAUGGGUAGAAGAGCAACAACACCCGAAAUUGUUGCUGGAUCAGAUAUUUCUGAUGAAAACAGAAAUGGUUCUGGGGAACCUCGAGGUCCUUUAACUUCAGCUCAGAGGCUUGCCAUCUCAGCUGCAUCAUCUAAUGAAGUUGCUCCCGAUCCAUUUGGACUAGAAGCCAAACAUUUUACUGAGAUUCGUGUUUUGAAUAGAGAUGUACGUAUUGUCCUAGAAGGUGUUGACAAAUUCAGCAAUUUGAUUGGUUCUGUCUAUUAUCCUGAUGGGGAAGCAGCAAAGGACCUAGCAUUAGAGCUUGUGGACAAUGGUUUGGCCAAAUAUGUCGAAUGGAGUGCUAACAUGAUGGAAGAUGAUGCCAAGCGGCGGCUUAAGAAUGCAGAGCUCCAAGCGAAGAAAACUCGGUUGAGGUUUUGGACAAACUAUGUACCCCCACCUACAAAUUCAAAAGCAAUUCAUGACCAGAAUUUCACCGGGAAGGUAGUGGAAGUUGUAAGUGGGGACUGCAUCAUUGUGGCUGAUGAUUCUGUGCCAUAUGGCAGUCCAUUAGCAGAGCGGCGAGUCAACCUUUCAAGUAUCAGGUGUCCAAAAAUUGGCAACCCUCGCAGAGAUGAAAAGCCAGCUCCUUAUGCCCGUGAAGCUAAAGAGUUUUUAAGAACACGCCUUAUCGGAAGACAAGUGAAUGUGCAAAUGGAAUAUUCUAGGAAGGUCUCCAUGGCUGAUGGACCUACAGCUGGGCCUGCAGAUUCAAGAGUAAUGGAUUUUGGUUCAGUUUUCCUCUUGUCUCCUGUCAAGAGUGAGGGUGACGAAGCUGCUCCAGCAACUGUUAGCAACCAGCAAGCUGGGAUGAAUGUUGCUGAGCUGGUGGUUGCCCGUGGCUUUGGAAAUGUGAUUCGACAUAGAGAUUUUGAGGAAAGAUCAAACUAUUACGAUGCCCUUCUAGCUGCUGAGUCACGUGCUAUUUCUGGGAAGAAAGGGCUCCAUUCUGCCAAGGAUCCUCCAGUCAUGCAUAUAACAGACUUGACUACGGCAUCAGUCAAGAAAGCUAGAGAUUUCUUGCCAUUUCUGCACCGUAGUAGGAGGACCCCUGCUGUAGUUGAGUAUGUGCUAAGUGGUCAUCGUUUCAAACUGUUGAUCCCAAAGGAAACAUGCAGCAUUGCCUUUUCAUUCUCCGGUGUUAGAUGUCCUGGGCGUAAUGAGCCAUAUUCAGAAGAAGCAAUUGCAUUAAUGAGACGAAAGAUCAUGCAGAGAGAUGUUGAGAUUGAAGUAGAAACGGUUGAUAGAACUGGAACAUUUUUGGGAUCUCUCUGGGAGUCACGGACCAAUGUGGCAAUUACUCUUCUUGAGGCUGGCUUGGCAAAGCUACAAACUUCCUUUGGCAGUGACAGGAUUCCCGAUGCUCAUCUUCUUGAGCACGCUGAGCAGUCUGCCAAAAGACAGAAACUGAAAAUAUGGGAGAAUUACGUUGAAGGGGAGGAAGUCUCCAAUGGUGCUGCUGCCAUUGAAAGCAAACAUAAAGAAGUGCUAAAGGUGGUUGUUACCGAAGUUCUGGGUGGUGGAAAAUUUUAUGCCCAGACAGUUGGGGAUCAGAAAGUGGCCUCCAUUCAGAAACAACUAGCAUCCUUGAACAUCCAGGAAGCUCCUGUUAUAGGAGCUUUCAAUCCUAAAAAGGGUGACAUUGUCUUGGCUCAAUUUAGUGCAGAUAAUUCAUGGAAUCGAGCUAUGAUUGUCAAUGCACCUCGUGGAGUUGUCGAAUCCUCCAAAGACAACUUUGAAGUGUUCUACAUAGAUUACGGAAAUCAGGAGGUUGUUCCCUACAGUCAUUUACGGCCUCUUGACAACUCAGUAUCCUCCUCGCCUGGUCUUGCUCAGCUGUGCAGCCUUGCAUAUAUUAAGGUUCCUAACUUGGAAGAUGAUCAUGGUACUGAAGCAGCUCAGUAUCUGAGUGAUCACACAUUAAACAGUGGAAAAGAGUUCCGGGCCAAGAUAGAGGAAAGGGAUAUAUCAGGAGGGAAAGUCAAAGGACAGGGAACUGGAACAGUUCUUCUUGUAACUCUGGUAGCUGUGGAUGCUGAAAUUAGCAUAAAUGCCGCCAUGCUACAGGAAGGAUUGGCAAGAGUUGAGAAAAGGAUGAGAAGGGAUUCUAAGGAAAGGCAGGUGGCCCUCGAGAAUUUGGAGAAAUUCCAGGAAGAAGCUCGUACUGGUAGGCAUGGUAUUUGGGAGUAUGGAGAUGUUCAGUCAGAUGAUGAGGAUACGGCUCCACCUGUUAGGAAGACUGGUGGCCGGCGAUAACUAUAAUCUAAAUGGUUGUCUAAAAUGACCACCGAGGUAAAAUAAGAUAAAAACAAAACUUCAAGUGGUGAAGGUGAGUUAAAUUAUAGGCAUGGUCAUCCUCAUAGUGUAACAGAUCAAGGAAAUAUUGCAUCAUAACUUUGUUUGUUGGGAAAAACUUCGUGAAGUUUUGUUGUGCCAUUUUUUUUGUCAGUUUUCUUUGUAGGGGAGGAAUAAAAUUUAUUACAACAACCAUAAUAAGGAACUGUAACUUAUCCUUGCUGUCUCCAUGGGGGGACAUUAUAAACAAUUUUGCUGUCGAUUGAACGUUUAGUGUCACUGUGAGGUGCUUUUGAUUUCAUUAUUGUUUAUGGGCUUAUAGACUGUUAAGCCUACUCAAAUCGAACAACACCCUUGUAUUUCAGUGAUGGUGUUGUGCAUUAUACUAGAAUGCAAGGAGGAAAAGCAGGAAAAUAGAAGCAUCUGAGAGUAUGUUUGGUCAAUUUAGUCCGUAUGUCCCAGUCAUAACUUUCUUAUAUCCAUCAUUUCAUCCUGUGAACCACGGAUAUUUUUGUAUAUGGUCUAUACUGUAGAGUA